CCCUCAGUUGACAGCUCACAACAUCCAUUCAUGUCGUGUUUAAAGUGAAAAAUCUAUGAAAAUGACGAGGAAUGCGUAGAUUCUGUGUUUAAAUUGCCUGUUUUCGUUAAAAGUACAAUUUUCGCAUCGUAGAGAACUAAGCUGGUCUCGUUAUUAGAAUCACUAUAAGUACUAUAAGGAACGAAAUUGGUAUUUGCUGAAACAUUUCUCGUAAUGUUAGCAUGUUUUGAAUUGUGUACACUGGGAGUAAUAUUAUACUUCGGAUUCUCCAGCAUGACGUGAUGACGUAAAUUUUUCUACUUGACAGUUUACCUAGAUUAGCAGCUGGAAAUCCUGAGACUGGGAACGCGUUUUUUUUAAUCAUUGAUAACGCUCAGAAUUGAGGUAAAAGUAGUUAACCAUGUCUUCAUCGGCAAUUUUUAUAUUGGAUGCCAAGGGAAAGGUGUUGAUUUCACGUAACUACCGUGGCCAUAUUGAUAUGAGUGUGAUUGACAAAUUCAUGCCACUGUUAAUGGAAAAGGAAGAGGAGGGCCUGAUAACGCCGAUACUGCAAACACCUGAAUGCACCUUUGCGUAUGUCAAGACCAACAAUCUGUACCUAGUUUCGGUUACCCGCAGCAAUGCUAAUAUAGCACUGGUUUUCGUGUUCCUCCAUAAGGUGGUUCAGGUUUUCACCGAGUAUUUCAAAGAGCUGGAAGAAGAAAGCAUUCGAGACAAUUUUGUCGUUAUCUAUGAGCUGCUGGAUGAGUUGAUUGAUUUCGGUUAUCCGCAAACCACGGAUAGUAAGAUUCUGCAAGAAUAUAUCACGCAAGAGGGACAUAAACUGGAGAUCCAACCGAGAAUUCCAAUGGCAGUAACUAACGCUGUAUCGUGGCGCUCCGAAGGUAUCAAAUAUCGAAAGAAUGAGGUAUUUCUGGACGUUAUCGAAAGCGUCAACUUGCUUGCGAAUGCAAAUGGAAACGUACUGCGAAGCGAGAUAGUUGGUGCUAUCAAGAUGCGUGUUUAUCUGUCGGGAAUGCCGGAAUUACGAUUAGGUUUGAACGAUAAGGUACUGUUCGAGAGUACCGGUCGGGGUAAAUCAAAGUCAGUGGAGCUGGAAGACGUCAAGUUUCACCAGUGUGUGCGAUUGUCCCGCUUCGAAAACGAUCGCACAAUUUCUUUCAUUCCGCCGGACGGAGAGUUCGAGCUGAUGUCCUACCGGUUAAACACACACGUCAAACCGCUGAUUUGGAUUGAGUCGGUUAUCGAACGGCACGCUCACAGCCGAGUUGAGUACAUGAUUAAAGCGAAGUCUCAAUUCAAGCGUCGUUCGACGGCUAACAACGUGGAAAUCGUUAUUCCGGUACCGGCAGAUGCCGAUUCACCCAAGUUUAAAACUACAAUCGGCAGUGUAAAGUACGCACCGGAACAGAAUGCUAUUACGUGGACGAUAAAAUCAUUCCCGGGUGGAAAGGAAUAUCUUAUGCGAGCUCAUUUUGGACUUCCAAGCGUUGAAUGUGAGGACACAGAAGGUAAACCACCGAUUCAGGUCAAGUUUGAAAUCCCAUACUUCACCACAUCUGGUAUUCAGGUCCGUUAUUUGAAAAUUAUCGAAAAGAGCGGUUAUCAGGCUUUGCCUUGGGUUCGUUACAUCACUCAGAAUGGAGACUAUCAGCUGAGAACGAACUGAACUCGGAAUCAUGUUAUUUGAAAGUCCAGAAAGAUUGCUGUAAAUUGCGAAUGACGUCGACUGUGCAGCUGAAAAAUCAAACAUUAGUAAUCGCACUCUAACCGACAUGUUUUACAAUUGAAUCAUUUAUUUUAUAUAUGUUUAGUAUCGAUUUUAGUAAACCCACAGUAUGGUGCGACAACUGAGAAGUUAGCGAAAAAUUUAUCGACGAAAGUAUUAAGAAUAAAAAAGAAAGUUUACUUAUCAUUUUGUUUGUUUAAUUGUAGACAUACGGUUCACAUUCUAUGAUCAGACAA